GAAGUCAGCGAUGAUCCUUCUAUACGCUGUGACACAAUGCUAACGUACACAUUUCUUGAUAGUAACUUUAUUUCCUCUCUCUCUCCCUCUCUCCUCCCUCCUGCUGCUGCCUGGCACAACAGAUCACUUGGGCAUCGAGUUUAUGGAGAGCAAAGAGGUGUACAAGAGACAGGUGCUGUCAAUCACAUCCAUCGCCAUGGCAAUCAGCCUGCUUGGAACGCUGUGCAUGGCGCUGUACUGCCGCAACAAGAGGCGCAGAGAGAAGCUCCAGGCUCACCUGAAGGAGAGUCGCAGUCUGAAGAACUACACCGCUAACUCCCAUAACUCCCAUAAUGCCCUGGACGCCAAGCUGAGGGCCCCUAACGCCAACCUGCAGAUGCACGAGUAUUUCAAACGCUCCUCCCAGUCUCGCCAGGGAACCGUUUCUGAGUCCAGCUUUGCACACGGCACCAAUAUCUCCAGCUCCAGAGGCAAGGCCAAACAUCCCAGAAGUGGUUCCCUCUCUCACAGCCCGGAUCAGAGAAGCCGGGCCUCCCAUUGGUCGGCUCCUCGCAGGACCCCGCCCAUCCCGAGGGGAAGGCUGAAUCCGAUUGGAGGAUCCAAGUAUUCAGGCCCCGCCUACCAACACCUCCAGGAAGUGGACUCUUCUGAGAGGGAGGCUGAGGCUCAGAGAGGCCCCUUCUUCCCGAGAUGUCAGACGCAGGGUGAUCCUCGAUGUGUCGACCCUAGAACAGAUGCUUUCCUUCAUAUGCAAACGCCUCCUGUUUCCUUUGAGACAUCCUCGCCAUCUUCUUUGAGCGUGGAAGUGCGUUCAGGUGCAAUCGAUCCUAAUCCUUACACCCGAAGUCUACGUAAACCUGGACGUCGUCAUAGCAACUCCCCGCCUCCUCCGUUUCGCUCCUGCUCCAUCCCCAUCAUCCCCUCCGUCCAGUAUCACAACGACAACGAGGCGUCUUGUAUGCAAACCAGCGUCUCCUCGGCAACCAGGACCAUGUCUUCAGGAGGAGGAAAGGAAGCAAGGAGAGAGAAAACGGCAGCACAUGUUGUCGCGUUGUCUUCUACUUCCUGCUCCUCUGCUAUUGGUCAAGAGCGGGAUGAGGUGGCGCUGCUAUUGGAGGAGGCUCAGGAGCAGCUCAGGAAGUUGGCGUUGGCAAACAGGAAGCAGGAAGUGGAGGCCAGAGAAACUGUUUGCUUCCUGAACCUUAAUGGAGGAAGUGUUGGGGCGCUGAGCUGCAAUGGACCAACGCAAACACAGCUGCUCACCCCCAGCCUAUCACACAGAGACCUGGGCCAAAUCAGCCAAUGAGAGGACUCCAUUUAGGACUUUCACUUUGACAGUGUUUGACAGACUAUUGUGUUCUGUAGGACACCGAAUUGAAAAAAAACAACAUGUAAUAUCAUGGAAAAUGUGCUGGUGAUAUGCAUUCUGUACGGAUCGAACACUGACCGCCUUUACACUGACUGACAGUAUGGAAGAAAAAAAAUAUUUACAUGCAUUUAUUUACAAAAA